GCUCCUGCAGGCUGCCAGCGCUAACCUCCCGCUUCUUAGCUGGGUUUGCACUACGUUCGGGCUUUUUGAACUCAACAUUCUUCCACAGCCUAGGAGCUGGAGCGGGAGCGCGGCGACAGUGUGCCUCCGCGCGCCCGAGGGGAGCCGAACCCCGGAGGAAGGGGCGGAUCGGGCGCGGUGUUUGGGACGGAGCGGGGCGCGCGGCGCUCGAAGCACCCACUCGGCGCUUUCCGGGGCUGGUGGAGACAGCAUGGGUACUGCUGCGACCGCACCCCUCGAGCUGUAGAUUCGCAGGCCCACGGCAGUCCGACUCGACGGCGUCCCAUUGUGGGUCCAGUCUCUGGUCAUUGGAGGUCUUUUCUUGCAGAUACGCUCAGCUCUCUGGCGCGCGCUCCCUCCUCCACAGAGUUGGCCAAAGGCGCCCUUCUUACAGACCCCAACCACACCCAGUGGCAGAUGGAUUUCUUUGUAACUGGCUUUCUCACUUGUAGGGUCCAUUUUGAGUCUGUUCUUAACAUGGUGUCCUCAUUGUCAAGUAGACAGUCUCUUCCUAGAUGGAUAUGGUAAUGGAAAAUAUAUAGGGUGAAUGUAUAUAAGGUAAAAUGUUGUAACUUUUAAGUAGACCAACGAAACAGAUAUGGUAGCUUUAAGGUGCAGAAUAGAAAAGUUUAGGUUCAGUUUUCUUUUUAGGCUUAAAUUUGGGGGCGUUUAGUAUUUGUGAGCUAUUUUAGCCAAAACAUUCGUAGAGUGUGUUUGGAUAUCAAAAGUCUGUAAACACCAGAAAAAUAAAAUAAGUCAAUAUUUAAGGAAUUCGUAAGAAUGCUGAACUUUGUGUGGUUGUAGCAACUGUGAAACAAGACACCAAACUGUACAUCAGGGUAGGAAUUUCAUUAACUUGAGUGACUUUGUGUUAGGCCUAGUUUACUGUUUUUUGGGUUUUUUUUUAUGCAGCCAGGGAUCUGAUUUGAGUGUACCUUAAAGUUAGUAUUCUCAGGUUGAACAGAUAGAAACCAUUUAAAUUGAGGGAGUGAAAUACCCUGACAUCUUUCAGAGUUUUAACUGCAAAUCCAUAGAAAUGGAUUUAUUAUCUUUUAGCAAAACUAUGUGUUUCUGAUAUUCAUAAAGACAUUGCAUUGUGUUAACAUUUUUCAGGGCGUUAGCAUUUCCUGAGGAUGGUAAGCAUAGUAGACCAUGUUCAUUUUUCUUAAAAUUCUUAUAAGUAAGAUGAGCCUUAGGUUUGUUAGAAAAUUGUUAACAAAAGGGGAGGGAGGGAUAUAAUGCAGGUAUCUGACUUGUUUUGCACAUCCAAAUUACUCAUUGUUGCAGUGAAAAUAAGGAUAGCUAUCAAUUCAAAACGUUAUAUCUGGUUUUAUGGAAGGGUAAAAGGAUAACAACCACAAUGAAUACCUACUAUGUGCAUUGAUAAUGUAUGAGCUUUUAAAUGGUUGAGUAUUUUUUUUUUAUCAUCACAUUUUAAAUCCUAUCCUAUUCUUUCUUACUAGUAUAUGUGGUCCCAAGUUUUUGUAUCUUGAAGCAUUCCAGAGGUUAUGUUUUAGCAUAAAUACACAAUUUGACUUUAGAAUAUGUUUUAAACAUGUCCUUUAAUGUACUUUUAUUGUUUAUUUUUCUGUCUGCAAUUGUUCUUAUGGAAGCAUUGUUUGCUUUAGAUCACUUAAUACAACUUUUUUUUUUUUUGAUGGUAAAAGACUUGAGUCUUGUUCAGUUUCAUUCAGGGACUCUACUAAAAGUUUUGUGAUAAAACACUAUAAGCAGAAGAAAAGAAUUGUGAUGAAGUUGAAAUUUUUAUUAAUUAUCUGAUUUCAGGUGUGUGUAGGCUCUGAGUGUUUUAGUUCUGUAUGGGGGUAUUGGCUUCACACGGUGAGCAAUUUUCAUGGGAUGUUAGCACAAGUGAGUAUAAAGAGGUAGUAUUGUGGUAGGAUAUCUGGCUUAGAAUCAGAUCUAGAUUGUUCUGGGUUUGUGAUUUUGGCAAGAUUCAUUUUCCUGAUCUUGAAAUAAACAAAGAAAGUGAAUUAGAUUGAGCUUAAGCUCCCUUCUAAGCUUUGAGUUUUGUGAUUUUUAUAAAUUUAUGACAUGUUAUCAUGGAGUAACAAUGAAGGGUUAUUCGCCAAAAUUGCAGAGAGUUUUUUUUUUUUUCCCUCUUAAAGUUAAACACAUAAGUUGAAUAUGAAACAUAAUUGAAUCGAGAGUAUAAAAACAUUUUACUAACAGGUUUUGGUCAGUUUUAAAAUCUUGGUCUUCAUUUCCAGAUAUCGUCUCUUCUUUUGAUCACUGUUCCUGAUUGUGGCUUUGUCCAAGCAUUAAAUUGCGUGCCUUUUGUUCCUUGAAGAAGGAGAAAAAGUAAUAUGAUGAAGAAUGAAAACUUCAAAUGUAAUGAAGUGAACAAGAGGCUGCUAUAUGAUGACUGACCAAAAUGAUUUGGAUUAUUCCAUCUUGAAAAAUUCUGGUGCUAACAAGUCUCAACUCGGCCCCUGGACCCAGCUCAAAACUCUGGAUUCAUUCUCUUCCUUCCCAUACCUCAGCUCAAGCUUUCUAUCUCCCCAAAAGAUGAAGAAACGAAGACAGAGAUUGAGACUUGUCUAGAGUAACACAAACCAAUGACAAAACAGGUUCAGAGAAGUUGAAGCUUGUCCAGUGUCACAGAGCAGAGCUGGAAGUAAAACUUGUAUUUCCUGACUUCCAGAUUAGUAUUAUUUCUCCAUCAAGCUAUUACUUCUUGGUGAGUUAAUGUGGGAAAAAUUCUGGUAUUUUGAAGAUGUCUCGGCACAGUAUUGUUUCCUGUUUAAAUUACAAGUAACUUCAGUUUUUAGAGAAAAAAGAAGUUGGGAUUUUUUUGUAAAAUCAUGCCAUCUGAACAGAAACUGUUAUUUUUUGAUGAAAAACAAACUACUUUAAGAAAAGAUUAUGAUGUGAAAAAUGAGAUAGUAGAUACUAUCAGAUCAGUACCUAGAGCAAAAAUUUCAGAAAGUAGUUUUCACUAUGAACUAAAAAAUGUGAAAAUUGAUUUGCCGAAGAUAAAUAUUCCAAAUGAAGUCUUUUUGAACCAUGAAGUUGACAAAUACAGAAAAUUAUUUCAGCGUCAACCACAGACUGCAAGAAAAUCUAUCAGUGUAAAGACUGUAAGCUGUGUAGAGGAGUGUAUGUUGCUCCAUAAGUCUGAGCGAGUUGAAGAAGAGGGUUUAAAAAUGUCUGCAAAAAUACUCAAUUUCAACUGUUUAAAAUGCCGAGAUAGCACUCGAUACAGUCCAAAUGAUUUGCAGAAACACUUUCAGAUGUGGCACCAUGGUGAAUUACCUUCAUAUCCUUGUGAAAUGUGCAGUUUUUCAGCAAAUGACUUCCAGAUAUUUAAACAACACAGACGGACACAUAGAAGCACUUUAGUAAAAUGUGACAUUUGUAACAAUGAGAGUGUAUAUACUUUAUUAGACUUGACAAAACAUUUUGCAUCCACACAUUGUGUAAAUGGUAGUUUUCAAUGUGAAAAGUGCAAAUUCUCCACCCAGGAUGUUGGCACAUUUGUUCAGCACAUUCAUAGACAUAAUGAAAUCCAUUAUAAAUGUGGUAAGUGCCAUCAUGUAUGUUUUACCAAAGGAGAGCUUCAGAAGCACCUUCAUGUUCAUUCUGGUACAUUUCCCUUCACUUGUCAAUAUUGUAGCUAUGGUGCCACUAGGAGAGAGCACCUAGUAAGACAUGUUAUAACUUUGCACAAAGAACACUUAUAUGCGAAAGAAAAACUGGAAAAAGACAAAUAUGAAAAGAGGAUGGCAAAGACUUCAGCAGGACUUAAGCUGAUACUGAAAAGAUACAGAAUAGAUGCAUCAAGGAAGACGUUCUGGAAACGCAAGAAGAUCAACAAUGGAAGUGACAGGAGUAUAGAAAAAAACACUCAAGUGCUUAAAAAAGUGAACAAAACACAGGCUAAAUCUGAAGACCAGAGCCAUCUUGUUCAAGAGCAUUUAAAUGAAGAAAAGGAUGAAAGACCACACUGUGAGAAUAAUGAUAAACCUGCUGAGUCAGAGUCAGAAAAGCCAACUCUUCUGUCCACUGGGCAAUGUAAUAGAGCUGAAGAGGGAUCAAAUUCUACUCUAGGUUUCUUGAAGACUGCUGUACAAGGACCUACAGUGUUAAUGGUGAAAAAUAAUAGAAUAACAAUUCCUGCUAACUACAGUGCUGAUUUUAUGGGAUUUAAGAUGGUGGAUGGAAAACAACAUAUUGUAAUAAAAUUGUUACCUACCAAUAAACAGAAUUUAUAUUUACCAGGCUCACAGUCAGAUGCUACAAAGGACAGUACUGCCAAUUUGCAGCCCCAGACUUUGGACACUACUGGAUUUUUAGCAGGAGUAACAGCUGAAUUAAGUGACACAGUUUACAUGAAAGCAAAUACUCCAUUUUCAUGUUCAUCUCCUAUAUUUUCAGGGAAAGUAACGUCAGAAAAAGAAAUGGCUUUGCUAUCUCAAACGAGUAAUACGCUUCAAACAAUGGAUGAUGAUAAAAAUGUGUCUUCUUUGUCAGCAUCAGAAUUGGUUUCAGCAUCAGUGAAUUUGACCACAAAAGUUGAAACAAAAGAUAAUAUUGACCUAUGGGGAAGUUAUAUUACUCAGAGUCACCCUGAGAUAUCAGGUGCUGCCAUUAGAAGUCCAGAUAAAGUCAACUCUACUACCAAACAAAAUGCAUACAACAGUGGAGAUAUGCAUAACUAUUGCAUUAAUUAUGUCAACUCUGAGUUACCUGUUGAAUCUUCCAACCAAGGAUCAUUGCCCUUUCAUAAUUACUCAAAAGUAAAUAAUUCUAAUAAACGUCGUAGGUUUUCAGGAACAGGAAUGUGUGAAAACCCUCAAAAAGAACCUUCAUCAAGCAAGACAGUUGUUCAACAACCAAUAAGUGAAUCAGUUUUAUCACUGGUGAGGAAGGAGAGCUCAAAUCCAGAUAGCAUGUUAGCAUCUAUUAGCCUUUUAAAUACUAAAGAUGGAACUUUAAAAAUGCAAACUGAAAUUGAAGAACAGUGUGUUUUAGAAAAAGGAGAAAACAUUGAUGGACAGAACUUAUACACUAAUGAAAAUCAGAAUUUAGAGAGCAUGACUGAGAAAUCUAAGUGGGAUGACAUUUCUAAUGUUGAGUCACCUAUGAUGCCUAGAAUCACAUCUGUUUUCUCUCUCCAGAGUAAACAGGCAUCAGAAUUUUUGCCACCUGAAGUAAACCAGUUACUUCAGGAUGGAUUAAAAACAAAAUCUGAGGUAAAACAAGACUCUAGUAAUAGUAACACUCCUGAUAAAGGCCUGCCACUUCAUUGUGACCAGUCAUUUCAGAAACUUGAGGGAGAAGGCAAAACAGUUGAUUCUUCAAAAGACUUCAAAGUACAAGGCAUCUUCCCAAUCCCAUCUGGUGGUAUAGGGAUUAAUGUGCCUACAAAUGAUCUGAAUUUAAAAUUUAGUGGAAAAGAAAAACAAAAUGUGUCAAUAUCACAAGAUGUGAGAGAUUCAGAAAAGACACCUAGAAUUUCAGGUAUUGGCACAUUACUUAAGACUCAGUCAGAUGCAAUAAUAACACAGCAGCUCGUAAAAGAUAAACUACGAGCCACUACACAAAAUUUAGGUUCUUUAUAUAGGCAGAGUCCACUUCUGAAUUCAGAACCAAAAAAGGCUAUAUUUGUUCAGACUCCAAAAGGCUUUUUUGUACCAUUGCACAUUGCUAACAAGCCUGGAUUACAUGUUGUUUCAGGAAGACCACUUCCAUUGGUUAAUACACAAGGUGUACCUGCUUCUCUUCUUUUAAAUAAGAAACCUGGGAUGAUUUUAACAUUUAAUAAUGGGAAACUUGAAGGUAUUUCCACUGUCAAAAUUGAGAGUUCUCAAGCUUGUGGAACUACAGCUAAGGAGCCCUGCAGAACACCUUUUUUAAAGGUAGAACCAAACAGUAAUUGUCUGACACCUGCACUUUGUUCCAGCAUUGGCAGUUGUUUGAGCAUGAAAAGUAGCUCAGAAAAUACUUUGCCAUUAAAAGGCCCUUACAUUAUCAAAACAUCAGCAAAUUCUUCAGUGAAAGCUGUUCCUACUCCUAAUACAGUAUCUGAGCAUCAGGGCACCAAAUUGAAUAACUUGGACUCAGUAAAACAGCAGAAUGAGAUUUUUCCAAAACCACCUCUUUAUACCCUCUUGCCUGAUGGCAAACAAGCUGUUUUUUUAAAGUGUGUGAUGCCAAAUAAGACUGAGCUGCUUAAGCCUAAAUUAGUCCAAAAUAGUACAUAUUAUCAAAACAUACAGCCAAAGAAACCUGAAGGAACACCACAAAAAAUAUUGCUGAAAAUUUUUAACCCUGUUUUAAAUAUGACUGCUGCUAACAAUCUGUCUGUAAGCACCUCUGCAUCCUCAUUGCAGAAAGACAAGGUACCAUCUAAUCAGACUUCAGGAGGAGAGCAGAGAGAGCCAGAAUCUUCUAGAGAUGCCUUACCCUUCUUACUAGAUGAUAUGAUGCCAGCAAAUGAAAUUGUGAUAACUUCUACUGCAACAUGCCCAGAAUCUUCUGAGGAACAAAUGUGUUUCACUGACCGUUCAGACACCAGGGUAUUAAGGUGUAAAACAAAUUGUACAAUCGAGAGAAACUUCAAUAGAAAAAAGACUUCGAAAAAAAAAUUUUCAAGAAUUAAAACUCAUGUAAGAAGUAAAGAUUCUGAAACUGCCUUUGUAUCUAGAAACAGAAACUGUAAACGAAAGUGUAGGGAUAGUUACGAAGAACCUCCAAGAAAAAAAGCAACAUUACAUAGAAAGUGUAAAGAAAAGUCUAAACCUGAAGAUGCCCGUGAAUCGUUCGAUUUUAGCAGACCAAGGCUUUCAAAAGAUUCAGUCAGAACUUUGCGGCUUUUCCCCUUUAGUUCCAAACAGCUUGUGAAAUGUCCUAGGAGAAACCAACCAGUUGUAGUUUUGAAUCAUCCUGAUGCAGAUGCACCAGAAGUAGUAAGUGUAAUGAAAACUAUUGCUAAAUUUAAUGGACGUGUACUUAAGGUUUCAUUGUCAAAAAGAACUAUCAGUGCUUUACUGAAGCCAGUUUGUGAUAAUGCCCCAAAAACAAUUUAUGGUGAUUUUUCCAAAAGACAUAAAACAUUGAAACCUGUUAGUUCUGUGAAAGAAAGAUUUGUGCUAAAAUUAACACUCAAAAAGACAAGCAAAAACAAUUAUCAGAUUGUGAAAACUACCUCUGAAAAUGUUCUGAAAGCUAAAUUUAACUGUUGGUUUUGUGGUAGAGUAUUUGACAAUCAGGAUGCUUGGGCUGGUCAUGGGCAGAGACAUUUAAUGGAGGCCACUCGUGAUUGGAAUACGUUAGAAUAAUUUACUGUAGUUACCAAGGAAAAGGAAAGUAAAACUAUCUUAGAAGAAAACAUGGGUUGGAUUACCUUAAGGCAGACAUUUUCUACUUCAGUAUAGUACCUAAAAUUGAGCAUCUGAAAGUUGGCUAUAUUUCCAUGGGAGACAAAAAAAGUUUUAUGUGUGAUACUUGAAAAUGCUAUCACUGCACACAUAAGUUUUGCAAGAAACUAAUUGCAGCACAGAUGUAUCUUGAUUUAAUUUUUUUAAAUGUGUUCUUGGGAAGUUAGGGCUAAAGAAAAUUUUGAUAAAAGUUUUCCCAAUUUAGUUAUAUAGUGACUCUUAGUAGAGGGUAACGGCUGACAGCUCCAUUCCCUCUCUUCUUCCACCAGCCUUAUGAAUCUGAUAAGUGUAGCUCCUCUGAAGAUGGAGAGCUCUUUCACCAUGGAGCUGAAGGAGUUUCUCCUCAUUUGUGAAGAUACACUAAGAGCUUGAGUAAAGAACUUAACUUUAUAUCUGCUAAAUAUAGUUCUUUUGAAGGGUGUUAGGCUCCUCUGAGAGUACAUUUAACUAACUACAGUUGCACCUCAUGAUGCUUGAAAUAGAGUUUUUCACAAGUAAAUCUUUUUUCUCUUAUGCUGUGUCCCAUAUCAGGAAUUGGAAUACCUUCCCAAGGUGAUUUUCUUUUUCUAAAUGGCUAUGUCAAGCCUUGCAGUAGAUGGGCAGCCUCAAAAGAAGAAUUAAACUCUCUUAGUCCAGUUUAAAGUCUGAUUAAAGAACUUGAACAUUUUUCUGAAUUUGAUGAUAAUCUCCAGUGAUUCUCUUGCACAGAACUAUGCUUAUUAAAUUGUUUGUACCCCAUAAAUCAAGUGGCCAAUAUUUAUCUUGGUUUCCAUCCAUUUGAAAAGUGGAACAUAGAAGCACUUCCAUGGGAAUGGCUUUUCUUGAAAAUUAAGAAUCACUCUACAGGAAAAAUAUUUUGAAGCAAGAUUAGCAAAGCAAAUCAGAUUUUUGCUGUUUAAUUACUAUUAGGUGUCUGAACAUGUACACAUUGGGACAAACCAUUUUUGUUAGCACCUUUUUAGUCUCACUGACAACCCAAAGCAGAUUAUUUUACUGAUUGUUGGCAGUUGAAAUGAAGAAGCAUUAGUAGUGGACUCAGUGGCAGGGCAUAAAACUUCAGGACCGAUUCCUAGGGGGUAUACCCAGCAGGUAGAGUUUUAAAAUGGAUAUUUUCAUGACGACAACAGAGUCAUCGAUUGAAACUUCACCAUGUAAGUUUGGAUCAAAUUUUGUUGGAUUAUUGGAUAAUGGAGUUCUUGUAUUACAAAUUACUGUAUAAUUUUUGUUAUAUUGUUACUACAAGUGUUAAAACAUUUUCAUUGAUUGAAAACUUCAGGGCUUCUUUUCUGUAUAUAAGAAAGAAUUUAAACCUGUACAUAUUUUUGUACUUUUCAGUUUGUUAUGUAAAUUUUGCACAGAAGAUUUUUGACAUAAAAAGUUUAUUUUCUUUCCAUUUAGUUCUGUGCAUGCACUAAUAAAACUGGUUGUUUAAUUUAAAAGGAAUAUGUAAGACUUUACCCAUGUUAUUUUCUUGGUUUUUAUUUUAGAUGUAGAAUUUUUUUUUUUUGGGUAAAUUCAUUUUUCAGGGAUUGAACACUAUUGUUAGCAAGUGCCUAAAAGAUGUGAAACAGUUUACAUAUGUCAACUGUAACAGUAGGUCCCAAAUGGGCCCAUUCCCCCAAAAGUUUUAUUUUAAAGAAAGCCAUACAUAGAUGCUUCAAGCUAUCUUGCUAUGCACAUUAUACGUGUACUUUUUUGUGCAGUUUGUCUACUUUCCUAGUGAAGUAUUUUUUGUAUAAAACCUGUUACAAUUGUAUUUCUUAAAUUGAGCCUAAGAAUGGAGUUGAUUGGAAAUACACAGUAUAUAUUAAUAAUGUAUAAGGUGUUUAAAGAAUGGUAAGCAAUGUUAAUUUCUGUAAUGAACAUUUUCUUCAAUUAAAUUUAUCUUAAGUUUGUGUUUA